GCGUCUCACUUCCUUCAAUAAACGAACGGGUUUUUGCCUGAUUUUAUUACUACUAGCUUUUCACCAAACGCAGAGUUGUGACGAGUGGCCAACAAUAUCAUCCAGAUAAUUGAGUUUUCCAUAAGUAAAUUUACCAUUUACUGACUGAAGUAGACAAGUAAUUCAACAGAUAAUUGCUCACUGAGUUACGAUGGUGGAGGUGCGAUACACCAGGAAUUUAUUCCUACGUGGGAUUUGUAUUAUUUAUCUCUUUGCAUUCCUCAGUUUCUAUGUCCAAAUACCCGGACUUUUUGGAGACAAUGGGGUGCUACCAGCCAGAACUCAGGUGGAUCUCAAAGGAAAAGCCUCUCUCUGGCAGAAAAUUAAUCAAAAACCCACGGUUCUAUGGUUUGCCAACUAUUUGGGACUCAAUGUCGAGUACAUGAUGGAUCUUGUAGGUCUCACUGGAGCUGUCCUCUCCUUUUUGGGCUUCACCUCCCAAAAACUCUGCAUUGCCCCAGUAUUCGUGCUCCUCUGGACUCUCUACUACUCUUUAUUCCAAGUCGGACAGGUUUUCGUCCAGAACAACUGGGAUACUUUGUUGCUAGAGGCUGGAUUCCUUUGUGUACUGAUUGCCCCUCUCUAUAUCUCAAGAAGGGGAAGCAUUAGCACGCCCAGUGAUUCCGUUACAUUCUGGACGAUUCGCUGGAUGCUCUUCAGAUACUUGUUCUCAUGUUCUGCUGUUAAAUUAGCAUCCAGAUGUCCUGUUUGGUGGAAUCUCGAUGCUCUCUCCCAGUAUUUUGAGACACAGUGUCUGCCUGCACCGCUCAGUUGGUACGCUCAUCACCUUCCAAUCUGGUUUCUCCGUUUCAACACACUUUUAGUUUUUAUCUUCGAGCUGGCCAUUCCACUCCUCUUUUUCUUCCCCAAUAGGAGAGUGAGAAUAAUCGCGUAUUACAUUCAGAUGUUCCUACAAAUUCACAUAAUCACAACUGGUAACUGGAACUUCCGAGACUUUUUGGUGAUCUGCAGUCUCAUCGCCCUCCUUGACGAUCAAUUUUUCUACAAGAAGAAAUCAAAGAAAGACAGCUCGACAAUCUCUCAUAUUAUCUCGAUCCUCGUAUGCGUAAUAGUGUACUCCGCUGUCAUCUACGCUACUAUUCAUCUGUUCAAUCUCAAAUUCGCUGAUAACUGGACCAUCACCUCCGAUAUUGGUUUUACAUACAAGCAAUUCGACCAGUUCCUCUCUCGAGGUCUCCCCCUGACGAUUUAUAUUGGCCUGGCAUCCCUGGGCUUCACAGUAGCCGAUGCAGUUACCCACUCGAUUCUCUCCAACAAACCAACGACUACAAGACUCAUGACAUUCUUCACCACAACUCUCUACACCAUUGCAGUUUGCUUCCUCUUUGCAAUGAGUGCAGUCUCGUUUUCAAGCCUUCAUCCAUCGCAAAAUGCCACAGUGCCCAUCCAUCUCCGUCGAAUUCACUCUAAAAUUGAAAAUCUUCGCAUCGUCAAUGGCCCCAAGGAAUUUGCACUCUUCCCAAAAGUAACUGGAAUUAAUGGACGCCCUGAGAUCAUCAUCGAGGGGAGCAACAGCAUCGAGGGGCCUUGGAUAGAGUACGAAUUCCUCUAUAAACCUGGAAAUGUCAACAAUUCACUUCCCUUCGUGGCACCACACACCCCAAGACUCGACUGGCAGAUGUGGUGGGCGGCACAGGGCACUUAUCACCAGAAUCCCUGGCUCAUGUCCCUGACUUAUCGACUUCUCACUGGUCAGAAAGAGGUCACAGCACUCAUGAAUAAUGUGAAUAAAUCCUUUGGCAAUAAUCCCCCUAAAUACAUCAAAGCAACUCUCUAUCAUUAUCACUUUGUUCCCUGGAGGAAAUCAAUGAAUCAGCAGAGCUGGUGGACCAGGGAAAGGGUUGGAGAGUAUUUUCCCAUUUUCAGUCGUGAUCAUCCACCUCUACUCGAGUAUCUUGGAAAAAUGAGGAUUCUUAAAGAUGAGAAGAUCGUACCUGUGACCAAUGAUAUUUUGAAAAAUAUUCUUGAGGCCAUCAGAGCUGUUGUAAAUAAAAUCGAGGCUAGCUUGCUACUGUGGAGUGUCUUCACUGCUGGGUGUGCAAUCAUCACAACUGGACAUAGUUCGGGGAAAAAAAAGUAGAGGUGAUAUAGUAAAGAGUUUUGAGGGAAUUAUUGGCUUUUGAUAAUUUUUUGAAAAUUUUUUAAAAAUUGCAAAGAAAAUAAUUGUUACCGGCUAUUACUUUUGGUGAAGCAAUUUGAGUUAUGGACUCUUUUUUUUUUUUUUUUUUUUUUUUUCCAAUAUUUUCUAAUAAAAUGGAUAAUUCAAAUGGCCUCUGGUCUCACUGAGGUGUGAUAUAAUUGCAUUUCUAUUUGAUUUUUUUAUAAUAAUUAAAUAAGACUAUUGAUUUUUCUUUGUAGAAAAUUAUUAUCUCUUGAAUCUCUGAUCUGAUUUGAGGUGUGGAUAAUUCCCUGAAUAAUUUUUUCUCUCUCACUGAGGUGUAUUAUAACUGCAUUUCUGUUCGAUUUUCAAAAAAUACGAAGAAAAUUAGUCUCUCUAUUACCUAGUACUCGAACAAAUAAUCCAUCAAUUAUUGAUUUCACUCACUGAUGGAUGUUAGAAAAGUAGGAGAGAAUUCUCAAUGGCCUACAAAUAAUAAGAUUCCCUAGGAGUUUAUACUGCAGUUGUCCCUAGAUUUUUCCAAUUCCCUUUCUAUAGUAAUUCAUAAUAGCAUUUGAUAAUAAUUAAUCGAUUAAGUUGAGUCACGUUUUGGGGAUAAUGUACAGUUACAUCCGUAUGAAAUGUUUAUAGCCUAAAUUCAAUGGAGUGUGUAAUUGAUGUGAAAUUAUCUGUAUAAAUAAACAAUAAUGGUUGUACUUCGAUAACAAUUUAUUAGUAAAAAUCUGUAAUGAAAAUAUUGCACUUUUGUAACAUUAAUCAAAGUAAAAAUAUUAAAUUAAA